UAUAGAGUGGAGGGGAGCCGAGUGCUCAUCUAAUCUCUGCUGCAGCAGCGCACGGCUCCAUUCAUUCACCAUGGUGGACAAAUUCCUGGGAACAUGGAGGCUGGUGGAAAGCAAGAAUUUUGACGAAUAUAUGAAAGCCCUUGGUGUGGGGUUUGCUACCCGACAAAUUGCAAAUGUCACCAAACCCACAACUAUAAUAUGUUCAGAAGGGUCCCUUAUUGUGCUGCAGACACAGAGCACAUUUAAGAACACAGAAGUCAAAUUUAAGCUUGAUGAGGAAUUUGAUGAGACCACGGCAGAUGACCGCAAGGUUAAGUCCCUGGUGACUGUAGAAGAUGGUAAAUUGAAGCAUGUGCAGAAAUGGGAUGGAAAAGAGACCACAUUGGUCAGAGAAGUCAAUGAAGAUAAACUUGUUUUGACUCUAACGUUGGGAGACGUUGUCAGCACACGCCACUAUGAAAAGGCCUAACAACCAGACACAGCCUACGUGUGACCCUUUUGACCCUUGUUUUGUUCAGUCCAAGAUGAGUGUCUCUAAGAUUAUAAAGCUCCUUCAUAUUUUCCUGUGUCCUUUUUAUACCCAUUGGGCUGCAGCUGCAGUAUUAUAUACCUACAGUGUGAAUUCUGGAUGCAGCAGUCACUACAGACUUGGCUAAAACACUUUUAUACUCUAGUGCCAAAUAUGGCUGUGUCCAGGUUUUUGCAGAUUUUUCACUGGUACUGAAAAAAUGGAGAUAAUCCACUUGCACCAUACAUGAUUGGAAUCCUUCUGUUUAAAUGGAUUAAAUCAAGUUAAAAUGUGACUUAUCCUGUGGAUGCCACAAUCUGGUUCAUGUGAUGUCACAUCUUCUAUCUUCUCUGCUUUGUCUCUAUUUCUUCUCCUUUCAGUCUCCAGUUUUUCUGGGUUCUCAGUCUCUUCUCAUAUUCCUGCUUACUUAUUUUUUUAUUUUAUCCAAUAAACUUGAGUCAUGUUUAAAGCAUAACAAAUGUCUCAAAACAUGUAUGGUCUGAGCUGGACAGAAAUCAUUGUAAUAGAGUUCCGCUGAAUGUAUGAAAAGGCUUACAUACGUCAAACGUGUACACAAAGGCAUUAUUGGUAGAAAAAAUUAUUACAGUAGCACAGGUGCUCUUAUGUUGUACUUAAUGCAUCCCUCAUGAGGUUUACUAUAUAGUUUGGUGUAAAUCCAGUUAGAAGGUGCUGUAGAGGAGAUUUCAAUGUGUGCUAUAGUUAAACUUGGAAAGGGAAAAGGUACUAACUCAACUCAAAAUUGCAGGAUAAAAAGAAGACAGCCCAGUAUUUAUGAGCUACAUGCGAAAAGCAGCCAGUAUUUCCCGGCAGGCAGCAGGCAACAAAAAUGCGGUAAAAACCCUGCCAGGGCUUCGGUGAGGAGGAUAACACCAGCUUUUGCUACCAUCACUCAAUUUCUGACCGUAAAGCAGUACCCAGAGGCUGCUAUGGUCAGAUGGAGCUAGCUGUUGUUGGCUAGGGGAUCCCUCCCUGCUCGUUGGACUCAAGUUUAGUGAUCGCAUCAAUUUACUUUUGCACAUUGCAGGGACAGGCUCCUGUUCCAGGAUGUGUAUUUUGGCAGCACCAAAAAUAAGAGUUUCAAACUAAAACCUGGAAGGAAGAAACAUUCUGGGCCUCAUUUACACUUAGGAGGAAAUUAUAUUUUAUAUUUAGUACAUCUCAUCCAUAAUCUUAUGGUGUGUAUCAUAGGCUUGCACAGCACAUUUUAUUAGUGCACGACUGGAGUGGCGUGCCUAGCACCAUAUAUUAGCUGUCAAUGCAAACUAGAUAAUAUAGGGAAUUUGAUUAAAUAGUGUGUACAGUGAGGGCUGGUAGAUGUUUAUUAAACCUAACAAGCUGCAAGCCUGGGACCUCGCUGACAUCUGUUCGUUGCCCCCUACUGCUCCUGUCGGGAUCCUGACAAAGUGAUCCACGAAGUGCAUUACAGCGUGGCUUUCUGACAUCACCACAGUAGGCUUGCGGCUCCGGUUAGCUCGCUCUGAGGUGGUCCGACACGUAGAGGUUCCCGGCUCUGUGAGACGAGGUAGUGUGGUGCAGGAUCCCUACAGGAGCAGAAUGAAGCUGGAGUUUUGCCUCGGGGGGUAUUAUUGGUUCAAAUCAUGUGGUAACCAGCCCACACAUAAGAUUGUAAUGGUACGGGAGGCUAUAAGUGAUCUGUAGCUUUGUACCUGAUCUAGAUUUUAACCAAAUUAUAUAUUAUAUAUACACACACUACCUGAGCCAAGCAAUCAGUAGUUUACUGAGUGCACCUUUAGACUAUAGCCUAUAGUCUAAAGGUGCACUCAGUAAACUACUGAUUGCUUGGCUCAGGUAGUAUAUGUAUGCAUGUGUGUGUGUGUGUGUAUAUAUAUAUAUAUAUAUAUAACACUUAUGCAUACUGCAAUCACAGGGGGAGAUUCAAAUGUUUGAAAAGUCAGUUGGGAGUCUGUUUUUUCCGAUCUAAUAGACAGGAAAAAACACUGACUUUUCAAACAUUUGAACCUCCCCCAAUAUGUCUACUCCAAUAAUUUGUCAACACUUGGUGAGAGUUAAAAUCUUUACACCCAGAAAAUUAUUUGGACAGUGACUUCUCUAUUCGGUCUCGUAGUCCACCGGGUCACAUACAUCUACAAAAAAUAUAAAUAGUGGAGGCGCUCCAUAGUGCAUUAAUAUAUAUAUAUAUAUAUAUAUAUAUAUAUAUAUAUAUAUAUAUAUAUAUAUAAUCUUUUUUAUACAAAAUGUUAUCUUUUCUCUGGUGCACACAGACACAGUGAGUGGUUCUAGUCUUGUCUUCACUCACGUUCUGAAGGCUUAGGCAGGAUGGGAGACCACUACUGUCCUCCUGACCUCCUCCAGGCUCCAGCAGUCCUAGGGGCUCCAGCGGUCUUAGAGGCUCCACUGUCCAGACAGUCCUGGCGUGUGCUGUCCAAAAUUGCAUGGCAGCAGGGCAGGGCACACACACUCACUGCCACUAGAACUGAGCGCGGGUUGGAGACGGGAAGACAGCGCAGGGCGGAGAGUAAGGGAGGGAGGGCGCGUGGUGUGACAUGUCGCAAGGCAGUCGGACCAUUAUGGUGGGUGGGCUGGGCUGGGCUGUGCGGCCAGCCACCCAACCACGAAGAAGAAGCUGACAGUUCAACUGUGACUGAGUCUGACCGGUGGCGCAGCAGGAGGGGGUGACUGACUGUAAGUUAGGGCAGCGAGCGAUGCAGGAGGUUAUCCGAUCAUCGCUAUCAGUGUGCUACUGUACACAGACCGAUGAUCGGAUCGUAGCAGGUGUGACGUGCGGGGUGCCGGACAUUAUGGUGUGUAUCCAGCUUUAGAGUUACUUUCAUGAGUAUUGACAUAUUCUGUAGCUGCUAUUUUCACUGACAUUACAUACCGAUUUGCCUCCAACACAGUUAUAGGGAAAUUAAGUGUUUUUAAUAUCUCAGAUGUAGAGCUUCAAAAUGAAAAACUAGGACAAAACUGUUUUUAUUUUUUAUUUUAGAAUCUAUUAAGAGUUUUACACAUCAUAAACAAAUGAACGAACAACGUUGACAAAACGGUAACAUCCAAUUCUUCAAAUAGAGAUGAAAUCAAAACUGUUUUGUUCUUAUUACAGUAUUUGCGGCUAUGUCUGUCCUAGAGGUCACACUGCAUUCUGACUGGUAAAAUGUAGUAUGUAUUUGCUGUUGUGUGCUUGUUUACAAUAGGACAAUGGUUCACACCCUCACUGUCAUUUCAGUGAGGCUCUUGCAUCUUACUUGCCUACUGUCCCAGAAUGUCCGGGAGAUGACCCAAUUUCGAGGAGUUCCCACAAACAUCCCAGUCACUGAGUGAAAUGGGUGGGGCUACAAUCUGACACUUUCACAUUUUCACACUCCUGUAAUCAUUGCAAAAAGUUUGGUUUUGGUGAAAGGAAAAUUGCACGCUGCUUUCAUGAUCAAAUAUAAGUCCUUCUUUCCAAGCUGUUGGCUCUGGUUACCUUGUUUAUAUUGAUAUUCUGAAUUUAUAAAUGUUUAACAGGAAUGUGUUUUCCUCAUAACCAUUCCUAUACCUCAGUGAGAAGCCAGAGGUGACAAGGGUCGCCAUUUGUAGUGCAAGAGGAAAGAUGCCAUAUAUGCACGGUGAUCCUAUUAUUCAUUCAUUUGUUAAGCAAAUUUGAUUAUUCCUGUUAUGUGUUUUUGUACACCUAAAAUGUUCUCUAACAAAAUAAUAAAAUUUUGGCUGAAAUAUAA